AUGGGGGAGGCCGGGCCCUGCCGGGGAAGGGACCCUUGGGACCCGCGGCUGCGGCGACGGCGGGGGGCGCCUGCCCUGGGGGAGCUGCGGGUGCCCCUGAGGAAGCUGGUGCCCAACCGAGCCCGCAGCUUCGACGUGUGUCUGGAGAAGCGGAGGCUGACCAAGAGGCCCAAGAGCCUGGACACCACGCGCGGCAUGUCCCUGUACGAAGAGGACGACGCGGAGGCCGAGGGGGCCGGGGCGGAGCGGGGGCGCAUCCUGCUGUCCCUGUGCUACAGCUCCCAGCGCGGUGGCCUGCUGGUGGGCGUGCUGCGCUGUGCCCACCUCGCCCCCAUGGACGCCAACGGCUACUCAGACCCCUUUGUGCGCCUUUUCCUGCAUCCCAACGUGGGCAAGAAAUCUAAAUACAAGACCAGCGUCCGGAAGAAGACCCUGAACCCCGAGUUCAAUGAGGAGUUCUUCUACCCAGGCGCGAGGGAGGAGCUGGCCCAGAAGACGCUGCUGGUGUCCGUGUGGGACUACGACCUGGGGACUGCCGACGACUUCAUUGGUGGGGUGCAGCUGGGUAGCCAGGCCGGUGGGGAGCGGCAGAGGCACUGGCGUGAGUGCCUGGGCCGCAGCGACCGGCGGCUGGAGCUGUGGCACCUGCUGGACGGAGUGCCGCUCCAGCCCAGCGACUAG